AAUGUUUAAUUUUUGGUAUUGUCAAAUAUGUUCUUAUACUAGAUUAUUGUUAGGAUUAUAUAUGCGAUACUCAUGAAGAGCUUAAUCUUGGAUAUUUUUAAUUUUAGUUCAAAUUUUGAUGGGUUUCAGUUUCACCCAGUCCAAAACUCAAACAACCUCAGCUAAAGCCCCUUUCCGGCUCGACCCAUAAGAUAUCCGAGACAAACUCUUGAUCCACGUACAGUGAAGCUUUUACCUGCCAGAAGAUAACGACGAUAAAUACUUGCCCCAAAUCAAUUCUCAUUCUCAUUUGCGUUUGCGUUUGUGGUGUUCUGAUUUGCUGAUUCAGCCCUCCAAAUCCCAAAUCCCAAUUCUCUCACUCUGUCUCUCUUAGAAUCAUGGACGCUCUUCAAUCAAACUAUACGGAUUCUCCAUCCCAACAGGAAAAUUCAGCUCAAUACUCCUCACAAACCCCAGAUUCCUAUAAGCAGUACCCUCCACAAACCCUGGACGCUUCCUUUCACGAUUCUUAUGAUCAAAAUCCAUCCCAAACCCUAGAUUCCUAUGUUCAAAACCAGUCCGAACAAACCCUAGAUUCUUCGUAUAUAAAGAACCCUCAGAAACCCAAGAAUCAAACUCUCAGAACGAAGCUUCGAUGUCACAAGCACAAGUUUCGGUGGACAAUACACCAACCGGAGAGAAGUCAUCGGAAGGUGUUCAGACCGAUAAUAAGUCCUCGAAACUGGAGAUUCUCAAGCCGUUGGUGGCUGAAAACGGCGUGACGAACACUCACAGUGGCACCGACAGGGACUACUCGGGCGGAGAAGAGGAAACAACCAGCAGGAGACGGCGCAGAAGUCGUUGGGAUCCACAUCCUAGCGAAGCGACCACCGACGGGACCGGUAGUGAAGGCAGUGGGACAGGACGGAAGAGGAAGUCACGGUGGGCGGACGCUGAGCCGACUCCUGUUAUUCAGUUGCCCGAUUUCAUGAGAGAAUUUACUGUAGGUAUAGAAUUUGAUCCUGAGGUUCAAGCAUUGAAUAGUAGGUUAUUGGAAAUUAGUAGAAAAUUGCAAUCUGGGUUGCCUUUAGAUGACCGCCCGGAAGGUGCUCGAUCACCUUCACCCGAACCUAUAUAUGACAAUCUCGGAGUUAGGGUAAAUACUAGAGAAUAUCGUGCCCGUGAAAGAUUGAAUAAGGAAAGGCAAGAAAUUAUAUCGCAAAUUUUGAAGAAAAAUCCGGCUUUUAAGCCACCGGCUGAUUAUCGGCCUCCAAAGCUUCACAAGAAGCUUUAUAUUCCGAUGAAAGAGUACCCUGGUUACAAUUUUAUUGGACUUAUUAUUGGGCCAAGAGGGAAUACCCAGAAGAGGAUGGAAAGAGAGACCGGGGCAAAAAUUGUGAUUCGGGGUAAAGGGUCUGUGAAAGAAGGUAGGUUGCAGCAAAAAAAGGAUUUGAAGUUUGAUCCGAGUGAGAAUGAGGAUUUGCAUGUGCUGGUGGAAGCUGAGACUCAAGAAGCACUUGAUGCUGCGGCAGGGAUGGUGGAGAAGCUGUUACAGCCAGUUGAUGAAGUGCUUAAUGAGCAUAAGAGGCAACAGCUUAUGGAACUUGCUGCUCUCAAUGGAACUAUAAGAGAUGAGGAGUUCUGUAGGUUAUGUGGUGAACAAGGGCAUCGGCAGUAUGCUUGUCCUUCUCGUACUUCGACUUUUAAGAGUGAUGUUCUUUGUAGGAUUUGUGGUGAUGGUGGACAUCCCACCAUUGACUGUCCAGUGAAGGGAACCACAGGCAAGAAAAUGGAUGAUGAGUAUCAAAAUUUUUUGGCAGAGUUAGGAGGCACGGUACCUGAGUCGUUGACCAAGCAAAACUCUGGAACACUGGCUCUUGGUGCUUGCAGUUCCGGAAGCAAUCCUCCUUGGGCCAGCGGGAAUGCUGCUGGGGUUACCUCGACACCUGGCUUAGGUUCAACAGCAGCCAAGCCCAAGGAAUAUGAUGAUACGAAUUUGUAUAUUGGGUACCUGCCGCCCACUCUUGAAGAUGAUGGUUUGAUUCAAUUGUUUGCACCUUUUGGUGAAAUUGUGAUGGCUAAAGUGAUUAAGGAUCGAAUAAAUGGAUUGAGCAAAGGUUAUGGUUUUGUGAAGUAUGCUGAUAUCCAAAUGGCCAAUAAUGCUAUUGCUAGCAUGAAUGGCCAUCGCCUAGAUGGGAGAACUAUUGCUGUGAGAGUGGCGGGUAAGCCCCCUCAGCCUGCUGUGCCUCCUGGCCCUCCUGCUCCAGCAAUGCCUACUUAUCAAGCUCGUAAUCAGGCUGUUGGUGCAUAUCCGUCCCAGCAGUAUGCAUCAGGUGGCCCCAUUGGAAGUACACCUCCUGGGAGCUAUGCUGCUGCUCCGGUUCCAUGGGGGCCACCUGUACCUCCCCCUUAUGCCCGUUACCCUCCUCCCCCUCUGGGUUCUACCAUGUAUGCCUCAGUUCCGGGUCAAUCCAUGCCUCCUUAUGGAGUUCAAUAUCCUUUGGUGAUGCAGACAGCUUCCUCUGGUGUCCCAUCGCAGACUGUGUCUUCUGGUGAGACACUUGAAUCACAACAAAGUUACCCGCCCGGAGUGCAAUCACAGAGUAGUACAUCUGUUCAAUCCGUUCCUACAUACCUCUAUGAGAACUCUAUGACUGCCAUGCCACUGGCUGCUCAACCUGCUUAUGCAGCAUCUUCGUACAGCUACCCUUCUUAUUAUGGUGUAGCCCCUCCUCCUCCGCCCACUGUACCGCAGUCGACUUUGGACCAUUCACAGAGUAUAAGCAAUGUUCCGUGGGCCUCAAAUCCAUCAGUUCCUCCACCUGCAUCAUCUGCAGAGAAGACAAGCUAUGGUACCGACAUGGAGUACGAAAAGUUCAUGGCAGAGAUGAAGUGAUGUGAUCCUUUUCAGUACUGCUUUUGGUAUGAAAGGCAUGAUUUCUUGGAGCACUUGUCAACCUGAUUUCUUACCUCUUGCCAUGACUUACUUGUUGGAAGUUUGGGACUCACCUCUUUAACUACUGUUAUGACAUUUGCAGAGAGUUGGGCUAAAAGUUCAGUUUAUUCAGACUUAAGUUGGAGAAUGCAUUCAACCCAAAAUUUGGUGCAAAACUUUUACAUGGCCAUCUUCCUUGUUCCUUGGAUGGUUAUUGCUGCGUAUACAUUUUCUGGAUUUUCUAAUGUCAUUUAUUAGUUUGUUUGAGCAUCUUGAUGGCUAGUUACUGACAUUCUCUAUUUCUGACCUGAUUUACUGGGCUGCUUGAGUGUUUUCUUUACUGUGUCUCCUAAUUUUCUCCCUUCUUUUUAGUUUGUUGUACUCACUUUAACCCUGACAAUUCCAAGUUUUUCUAGCCUCCAUAGUACUGAAGUUGCAUGAUGCUUGCUGUAUAACAUUCGUCCAGAAAGCAGGUGACCGCUUCUUUUUAGAAAGUAUGUUAGCAUCUAUAUUCAUGUGUAUUUUACACAUGUUUUUUGUGAUUUUUCUGAUGCCUUUUCCAGUUCAUGUGGCAGGUAAUAAAACUCAGGUUGGAAUAGUUGGUCUUUCCAGUGUUGGAUUGGGCUGACCUUGAACCUUGUUUUGUCUUCAUUAAUGUCUAACAAGACUACUCUGAAUUUAUUCUAUAACUACCAGGAUGAAUUAAGAUUUUUGAUGAUGACUUAGGUCUUAAGUGAUCAAUUACAGGGAGAAGGCGUGCAGUGCUAUUUGAAGUCAUUAGAAGAGUCGCUAGGGAAAGUUAGAAAGAAUGGCCUCCAAAUCCCAGUAUAUCUUGUUGGGUUGAGUUGAGGCUAGUUCGAAAAAUAAGAACAUGUUUCUAGGAUUCCCACAAACAAGAGGAAAAAUUCUCAUUACAGUUAAUAGUAAAUUGCAGUUGGUAUUAUAACAUUUAAGUGUGAGAUAGUGUUCUACGAUGCACGUCUGUAAGAAAGACUUCUACCCUCUCCGCAGCCCACCAAAAAAGAGGAAUAAAUAAAAAAGAAAAGAGGGGAAAAAAGAAAAGGGAGUGAAGAAUGGGUGGGAAUGACAGUAUAGGUUUUCGUGUUCAUAACAUUAGUUGUCCAUGGACAUUUACUAUACACAUAAAUGUUCUACAGCAUGGUGUUGUGCACUCUAGCUUUCACAAUACCACAUUUGCAUACCUUCGAUCAACGUUUCAAUGGUCCCGUGCUGGAUGUGGACAUAUUUUUUGUAUGCCUGGUAGUAUAUUCUAAAGAUCUUCUGGGACAACUUGUAUUCGUAUUGUGAUCUUAGAUAUCCUGCGGCUUUUUUUUCCUCAAAUUUCAGUUACAAACCCUUUUGACCCCUUAAAGUUGCUUUUGAGGUUUUAGAUUUUAUUCCACAUGACCUUAACUUGGUAUACUGACACUGAUAUGAUGAUAUGAUUCUGAUGGCCUUCUGCUUUGAUGGCUGUCGUGAUAUCUUUCUUCCUUUCGAAGAGAAAAUUUCUUGCUUUUGGUCCUAUUCGUUGCAGAUUAUCCCAAUAAAUUUUAUCAUACUAUCUGAUUGGAUUUAAUGGUUUUUGGCUUUUUUGCAACUAACUUACCUUCAUUAAGAUUUUUCCCCGCCUUCUCUACAAUUUUCUCAAAGAACUGGAUUGAUAACUGUUAGUUGUUCCUCAUGCUCUGAAACAUGUUUUGAACAAUAAGAUGAAAGGUUGUUACUGCCCCCCCCCCCC